UCACUGAUGGAGAUGAAACCUCCUAUUUCCCGAGCAAAAAUGAUUCUCAUCACAAAAGCUGCCAUUAAAGCUAUUAAGCUCUACAAGCAUGUUGUCCAAAUUGUAGAGAAGUUUAUCAAAAAGUGCAAACCGGAAUAUAAAGUCCCUGGAUUGUACGUUAUUGACUCUAUUGUUCGUCAGUCGCGUCACCAGUUUGGAACGGACAAAGAUGUUUUUGGGCCAAGAUUCUCAAAAAAUAUUACUGCCACAUUCCAGUAUUUGUAUCUCUGUCCAUCUGAAGACAAGAGUAAAAUAGUCCGUGUCCUGAACCUUUGGCAGAAAAAUGGAGUAUUUAAAAUUGAAAUAAUUCAACCUCUUCUAGAUAUGGCAGCAGGAACUAGUGCCACUGCACCAAUGACAGAAAAUGCUACUAAUAAUGAAGGUUCGCCUCCCCCUCCAGCAAAGGUUCCUUCGGAGCCCCCUCAAGUUACUGCUAACUCAGUACCUACUGUGCCACAGUUGCCCAGUUCUGAUGCCUUUGCAGCUGUAGCUCAGUUGUUUCAAACAACACAAGGACAACAGCUUCAGCAAAUUCUUCAGACUUUUCAACAGCCUCAAAAACCCCAGUCACCGGUCAUAGAUAACACUGUGAUGGCUCAGGUUCAAGCUAUUACUGCUCAGUUGAAAACUACAGCAGCACAACCACCAGAACAAAAAACUGCUUUCCCACCGCCUGAGCAAAAGACAUCAUUUGACAAACUGCUAGAUCGGUUUGACUAUGAUGAUGAACCGGAAGCAGUGGAAGAUUCAAAGAAAGAAGAUUCAGGUCCUUCUCCUUCAGUUUCUCAGCCAGCUUUUGGAUUUCCAGGAGAAGGUAUACAACAGCCAGUAUUUCCUCAACUCCCAAAUAUGGAUCCUUUUCAGCAGCGAAUGAUGGGGAUACAGCAGGAUCCAAUGCGUCACCAG